AUGGCUGAAAGACGCGACAGCAGAGUCGCGAGGAGGAGCAGGAAUGGCGGGUGGGACAAGCACGCGCGCGCAGUUGGCGCCCCCGGUGGCGGCAGCGGCGGAGACAGCGGCGGUGGCGGCGGAGGCGCCGGCGGAAGCGGCGGCGGCGGAGGCGGAGCGAAGAGGCGGUGGAAGCCCGCGCCGGUCGCGCUUCGCCUGGAUCACUUCCUCGCCGCCGCCACCGCCGCCGGCGCUACCGCCGUCAUCCCUACUACGCGCGCGCAUCUACCGCCUCCCCCGCAGGAAUCCGCAGAAAUCGGUUUGCGCGCCAGUGGGAGGGGGAGCGCAGAUGGGGGUAUUAGCGACGGGCGGCCGCGUGGAUGGGGAAGGGGAGGCGGAGUGGGGAGGGGAGGCGAAGGGAGGGGGGCCGCUGAGAGGGGAGGCGCAGAGAGGGGAGGCGCAGAGAGGGGAGGCGCAGAGAGGGGAAAGGAAAUUGAGGAUGCCGGUGCGCGUGGGCUGGGUUUGGCGGAAACGAGGCGAGGGGUGGGAGAAGGGGGAGCAGGGGGCGGAGCAGGAGGGCGGAAGAGGGGAGGAGGGGCAGGCGGAGGGAUGGGGAAGGGCGGGAGAGAGGGAAAGGGGGAGAGCACGGGAAAGGGGCGUGAGGGGGGGCGGGUAGAGGGGCGCGUUUGGGGGAACGAGGGGGGCCGCGGGGGAGAGCGUGGGGAGGGACGCGGAGGUGAGGGGGGGGGAAUUGGCAGGAUGGGACGGGUUCGGGUGAACCCAGCAACUUCGGAGAGCAUUGGUGUGAGGCGAGGGAAGGAGAGGCAGACACCGAAGCAGAAGCGAGUGAGCCGUUUGAAGCGAAUGGUAGUGCUGGCAAGACACGCGCGAGAGGGGGAGAAGGAGGAUGGGGAUGGGGAGGGGGAGCGGGAAGGGGGGGGAACAGGAGAGGACGUGACGGAAGAGGAGGGGUUGGGGGAGGAUGGGGGGAAGGGAGGAGGAGAGGGAGAGGGAGAGGGGGAGGAUGGGGGGAAGGGAAGAGGAGAGGGAGGGGGAGAGGGGGAGGAUGGGGGUGAGGGAGAAGGAGAAGAAGAGGGAGAGGGAGAGGGGGAGGAGGAGGAGGAGGAAGAAGAGGAAGAAGGGCGUGUGGUGCUUAGUGGUGGUGGGAGGUGUGGGGAUAGAGGGACUCAUGGCGACCGUGGGAACCAUGGAGUAGACGAAACCUAUGGUGAUGAUCCGAAGUAUGGGGGAGAUGGGGGCUAUGGCAAUGGUGGGAGGAAUGGAGGAGGCGCGGGAUGGGCGGAGCAUGAGAGGCGUGAAGUGGGGUGUGCUGGCACGGCGGUGGGAAGGGGAGCGGGGAGGGAAGGGUUUGGAGAGUGUGGGAUGGAGGGCAAUGGGGGGGAGAGUAGGGCGACGGGAGAGGGGGAAGCGGAGUGCAUAGGAGAGGCGAGGGAGGAGGGGCAUCGAGUGGAGGAGAGGCAGGAGGAUGGGAAACGAGUGGGUAGGCGAAGGCGAGGGAGGAGAAAGGGAGGAGAGAAGGGAGGGGAGGAGAAACGAGGGGAGGAAAAGGGGGGAGAGGAGAAGGAAUUGGAGGAAAAGGGGGGAGAGGUGAAGGAAGGGGAGAAGGAAGGGGAGGAGGAGAAGGAAGGGGAGGAGGAGAGAGGGCAAGAAGGCAGUGCAAAUUGCAAAACUCCGAUGAACAUGAAUGAUGGCACUGUGCACCAUUCACCUUGCCGUGGCGCUGUGCACCAUUCACCUUGCCGUGGCGCUGUGCACCAUUCACCUUGCCUUGCCGUGGCACUGUGCACCAUUCACCUUGCCGUGGCGCUGUGCACCAUUCACCUUGCCGUGGCGCUGUGCACCAUUCACCUUGCCGUGGCGCUGUGCACCAUUCACCUUGCUGUGGCGCUGUGCACCAUUCACCUUGUCGUGGCGCUGUGCACCAUUCACCUUGCCGUGGCGCUGUGCACCAUUCACCUUGCCGUGGCGCUGUGCACCAUUCACCUUGCUGUGGCGCUGUGCACCAUUCACCUUGUCGUGGCGCUGUGCACCAUUCACCUUGCCGUGGCGCUGUGCACCAUUCACCUUGCCGUGGCGCUGUGCACCAUUCACCUUGCUGUGGCGCUGUGCACCAUUCACCUUGUCGUGGCGCUGUGCACCAUUCACCUUGCCGUGGCGCUGUGCACCAUUCACCUUGCCGUGGCGCUGUGCACCAUUCACCUUGCCGUGGCGCUGUGCACCAUUCACCUUGCCGUGGCGCUGUGCACCAUUCACCUUGCCGUGGCGCUGUGCACCAUUCACCUUGCUGUGGCGCUGUGCACCAUUCACCUUGUCGUGGCGCUGUGCACCAUUCACCUUGCCGUGGCGCUGUGCACCAUUCACCUUGCCGUGGCGCUGUGCACCAUUCACCUUGCCGUGGCGCUGUGCACCAUUCACCUUGCCGUGGCGCUGUGCACCAUUCACCUUGCCGUGGCGCUGUGCACCAUUCACCUUGCCGUGGCGCUGUGCACCAUUCACCUUGCCGUGGCGCUGUGCACCAUUCACCUUGCCGUGGCGCUGUGCACCAUUCACCUUGCUGUGGCGCUGUGCACCAUUCACCUUGCUGUGGCGCUGUGCACCAUUCACCUUGUCAUGGCGCUGUGCACCAUUCACCUUGCCGUGGCGCUGUGCACCAUUCACCUUGCCGUGGCGCUGUGCACCAUUCACCUUGCCGUGGCGCUGUGCACCAUUCACCUUGCCGUGGCCAUUCACCAUUCUCCCAUGUUCAUGUUCACAGCCCUGCCUCGAACCACCCAGGUACCACCACCAGCCCAGGAGGAGGUGGUCACCCCGGUGCUGAGUGCACUUCUGGCUGCACUGCUGGUCCAAACCCCUUUCCUCCCUCACACAUCCCCCUGCUAUCUUCCACUCUCUCCCUUCUCGGGCCCCUCUUCCCCCGUCUUCGCCAGCAGGUUCGCCCACCAGUUGGUCACACCAGAGCGGAUCGCGCUGGUGGAGCGGAUCGUCGUCACUCAUGGCGGAAGGGCAGCAGUACUAGAGAAUAGA